AUGAGCUCUAUGAACUCUACAAACCAAGCAUGGGCCCGUGGAUCUGAACUGCUCUCUCUUUUUGAUAGCUUGGGCUUCCAAGUGGUUAAUGACCCUGAAUCUCGUCCGACAUUCCGUGGUGGGCGUGGUCAUUCCUGGAUUGGCGUCACGGCGGUCCGGAAAUGGAAUAACCCGGUUCAUUGGGAAGUCAGCACAGAAGAAUCCGGUAGCGACCAUAAGCUGAUCAUCGUUGCUCUGAAAUUGACAUCCAUCACCACGCAACGAUUGGCCUUGAGGCUAACCGAUAUCGGCUCCGUCAAAGAACGGAUGCGUCACUUCGUGGCCAGACACCCAUCCGCUUCCGCGGUCACUGUGACGGCCGUCGGCCGUCAGUGA